AUUAGCACUUACUUCGUCCCGAUACGCUGUACACGGAUGAAUGUGCCUCGGUACCCUGAUAUUUCGGACAAAGUACGGAUCUAUACCUAACUUUUAGGUACCUCAGACAGUGGAAAUGCCCCGCAUCGACGUAAUCUGAACAAGUUGUGUGUCAACUCGACGAGCUUCGGUGCCCCUCCAGACAUUUUGCCUCUCCAUCAACCACCAGUUAAGGGAACUCGCCCUCGUCUUCAUCCUUUUCUUUUUCUUUUCUUUCUUUGCUCGAGGACCAGGACCAGGACCAGGACCAGCUCCCGUUCCCUCGUGCUACCCUGAUCCACCAUGAAGCAACGCUUCUCAUCUCUCGAUGUCAAGGUCAUCGCCCACGAGCUCCAAGAGAGCCUCGUCUCGCUACGACUGGCCAAUGUCUACGACCUUUCUUCCAAGAUUCUACUCCUAAAGUUCGCCAAGCCAAACAAUAAGAAGCAACUUCUCAUCGACUCGGGCUUCCGCUGCCACCUCACAGACUUUGCGCGCACUACUGCCGCGGCCCCGUCCGCUUUCGUCGCACGUUUGCGCAAAUUUCUCAAGACGAGGCGCCUGACCUCCGUUCGCCAGAUCGGCACAGACCGUAUCAUCGAGUUCCGGUUCAGCGAUGGCCAGUACCGCCUGUUUCUCGAAUUCUUCGCCAGUGGCAACGUCAUCCUGACAGACGCCGACCUCAAGAUCCUCGCACUCCUCCGGAAUGUGCCCGAAGGGGAGGGCCAAGAACCGCAGAGGGUCGGGCUGAGCUACUCUCUGGAGAACAGGCAAAACUACGGCGGCGCCCCCCCGCUGACCGAGGAGCGUCUCAGGGAUGCGCUGCGCCUCACCGUCGACAGGGCCGCCCGUAAGGCGGCUGCUGCCUCGGGCAAGAAGAGCAGAUCAAGACCCGGAGACGAGCUGAGGAAGGGUCUGGCUACCACGAUUACCGAACUGCCUCCGAUGCUCGUCGAUCACUCGUUUCUCGUCACCAAUUUCGAUCCCUCCAUCUCCCCGGCCGAAAUACUAGAAAACGACGAGCUUUUGGCCCACUUGCUCCGGGCAUUGACCGAGGCGCGGAGGGUCGUCGAGGAGGCUACUACUUCGGAGAAAGCCACCGGGUAUAUCAUCGCCAAACACAAGAACGGAAAAGCAGAACCCGGAGAGACCCCCGGAGACUCCGCUGACACGGAAAUGGCCCGACGGGAGGACCUCCUGUACGAAGACUUCCACCCGUUCCAGCCGCAAAAGGCCGCCGACGAUCCAUCGGCGAAGGUGCUCACCUUCGAGGGCUUCAACAAAACCGUGGACGAAUACUUCUCCUCCCUGGAGGGCCAGAAGCUCGAGUCGAAACUCUCGGACCGCGAGGCUGCGGCGAAAAGAAAACUCGAGGCCACGAAGGAGGACCAUGCAAAGCGCCUCGAGGGCCUGCAGGAAGCCCAGACGUUGAACGAACAAAAGGCCGCCGCGAUCGAGGCCAAUCUCGAGCGCGUCCAGGAAGCCAUGGAUGCCGUCAACGGCCUUUUGCAGCAGGGAAUGGAUUGGGUCAACAUCAACAAGCUCAUCGAGCGAGAGCAGGAACGGGGCAAUCCGGUGGCAGAGAUGAUCAAACUUCCCCUGCGACUCCACGAGGAUGUCAUCACCCUAUUGCUGGGCCGAGAGGAGGAGAUGGACGACGACGACAUGGACGAGGCAUACGAGUCGGGGUACGAGUCGGGGUCCGAGUCCGGCAGCGAAAGCAGCGACGACGAGGAUGCAGGAGCCGGUUCAAGAGGCGCCGAUAAGCGGCUUCAGGUCGACGUCCACUUGAGCCUCUCCCCGUGGGCCAACGCCAGAGGAUACUACGAACAGAGACGUACGGCGGCCGUGAAACAACAGAAAACGCUGCAGCAGUCGGGAGUGGCGCUGAAGAACGCAGAACGCAAGAUCGAAGAGGACUUGAAGAAAGGCCUCAAGCAAGAGAAGGCAGUCCUGCAGCCCAUCCGGAGACAGAUGUGGUUCGAAAAGUUCAUCUGGUUCAUUUCGUCCGACGGGUACUUGGUCCUCGGCGGCAAGGACGCGCACCAGAACGAGAUGCUGUACAAGCGGUACCUGCGGAAGGGGGACGUCUACUGCCACGCCGACCUCCACGGCGCAACGUCGGUGAUCGUGAAGAACAACCCGAAAACCCCCGACGCGCCGAUCCCCCCCGCGACGCUGGCGCAGGCCGGCAUGGUGGCCGUCUGCAGCUCCAGCGCAUGGGAUUCCAAGGCCGGCAUGGGCGCUUGGUGGGUCCACGCCGAUCAAGUGUCCAAGUCCGCGCCGAGCGGGGAGUACCUCCCGGUCGGCAGCUUCACGGUGCGAGGGCAGAAGAACUUCUUGCCGCCCGCUCCGCUGCUGCUCGGGCUGGGGGUCCUGUUCAGGAUCAGCGAAGAGAGCAAGGCCAGGCACGUCAAGCACAGGCUGCGCGAUGAUGCGGAUAGCGUGGCAAGUUCCGCCCCGCAGGAAAGCAUUCCCGAGACCACCAUUCCGUCGGCAGCGUCGACCAGCGCCCAGGAGGCCGGAGAUGAUGAGAGCAUGGAUGAACAGUGGAGCGGCGAUGAGGAGGAGGAGGAGGAGGAGGACAGCGCCCCGCGUGACAAUCCUUUGCAGGGACGUAAUAACGACGACGAAGGAGACGAGGCGGGAGAAGGUGAACCGUCGGAAGACCCAGCUCCGGUUCAGGAGAUGGGGCGGUUGGAGGUUUCAGGGAAACCAUCUGAGCCCAACAAGCCGGAUGUCGAGGAGGAGGAGUCUGUUAAGAAAGAGCUCGCCGAACGAGUAGGUGACGGGGAUGGCGCGGAUGAUGGAGACGACAGCGACGCCGUCGAAGAUGGCGACGGUGCAACGGAACGCACCGCUACCGAAGGACAAACGAUGACGGACGAAGGGCCUUCGGCACCAGCAAGCUCUCGUGGCGGAAGCUCGACCCCGGCGAACACGAAGAAACCGCAAAAGCGAGGGCAAAAGCGCAAGGCCAAGAAGAUGGCGACCAGGUACAAGGACCAAGACGAAGAGGACCGGCUGGCGGCGCAGGCGUUGAUAGGCGCAUCCAAGGGCAGGCAACGGGCCGAGGCGGAAGCCAAGGCGAAGGCGCAGAGGGAAGCGGAGCUGGCGGCGCAGAAAGAGAGGCGGCGGGCACAGCACGAGCGUCGGAAGAAGGAGACGGCGGAACACGAGGAGGUGCGGCGGCUGAUGCGGGAGGAAGGGGUGGAGGUGCUGGAGGCCGACGAGGAGGAGAAGACGACGGCGUUGGACGACCUGGUGGGGACGCCGCUGCCGGGAGACGAGUUGGUCGAGGCGAUCCCCGUGUGCGCGCCUUGGAACGCGAUGGCUCGGUGCAAGUACAGGGUCAAGAUGCAGCCGGGGGCGUUGAAGAAGGGCAAGGCGGUCAAGGAGAUCUUGGAGAGGUGGAAGGCGGAUUCGGGGAGGAAAGGGGCAUUGGACGAGCGGGCGCAGGACACGGAGCGGAUGUGGCCGCGGGAAGUGGAGCUCAUCAAGGGGUUCAAGGCGGAGGAGGUUAUCAACGUGGUGCCGGUGGGUAAAGUGAGGGUCAUGAUGGCGGGAGGCAGUGGAGGUGGUGGAGGCGGCGGCGGAGGUGGAAAAGGGGGCCAAGGAAAGGGAGGUAGGGGUGGGAAGGGGUCGAAGAGGAAGUAGGAAGCGACCAUGGGAGGGAGGUCAGGUUAUGCACUAGGAAGGGAAAGCGAGGGGAUUUAACCCGGACAGCCUUACUCGGUACAUUGCUAAAAGAUAUGUCACCAUCUAUAUAUGAGGUAUAUAUAUACAUGCGUAUGUUCUACGCCC